CACGGAGAACAGCUACGAUGGAAGGGUCAGUUAGGGGGCUUAUUCCAACCCACCCUGUCAACAUUCCCUGUGGAAGGAAACGGGACUACCCGGAGAAAACCCACGACUGAUGGUAGAGCGUUGACUGACUUUUUUUCCAAUAUUUAGGUAAUUGGAUGGCCGAGGACACUCGUUUACAUUUGGACUACUACAUUAAUGUUUGCAGCGGAUAUUUUCCGGGAAAUGCAAAAUAUCAGUGCCAAGGUUCUGCUGGGAUUGGUGGAUGUCAAGUGGACAGCGUACAAAAGAAAGCUCACAAUAUGGGAUACGUGAUGAGCGGUCCUGUUAUCUCGUCUGCGGGUCAUCUCACGUUACGUUAUCUCGGAGGAGAGACAUGUCACCACAGAUAUGAUCGUAGCACAAGGAUUAACUUUUUCUGCUCACACGUUCAUGUAAGUAUUAGCCUUGUUACGAGCAGGGUCGAGCCGCUGCCUAAAAAACCACCGUUUAAGUAACAUAAUGUCAAAUAUUUCUUAGGGUUCUCCUGUCUUCAUGGCAGAAACGGAAGAUUGCGAAUAUGUGUUUAACUGGAAGACUCCCAGUGCCUGUGCUGUAGAAAAGUAUUCCGGGGAAAAGUGUGUAGUAUAUGAUGAAAACUAUGGUUUCUACUAUGACCUAAGUUCAUUGACCGAUAUUUACAGCUAUGAUAUCGAGGGGAACAUUGAGUACAAAGUGAGGUUUUGUGGUAAAAAGCCAACUAUUUGUGGUAAAGAGGUUGACUCGUGUCUGUUAAAAGGUAAGUCUGACUCAACUGGAGCAAGAAUGUGAAAAGUGAAGCCUAUGAGAAACUUUAGGUUUAUGUAGUAACACUGCGUCUAUAAGGGACCGUCUCAUAACUAGACAUUUGGAUUAGCACUGACAGAACUAUCCAGUAUUGAAACUGUUUCUUAUGAAUCCAGUGCAAUGCAAUACAAUACAAUGUAAUGUAAUUUACAAUACAAUACAAUGUAAUGUAAUGUAAUGCAAUGCAAUUUACAAUGCAAUCCAAUUUAAAGUGAAAAGAUGGGGAAUGAUUUCUCAAUUUCCCGAGCCAAAGGCUCAUGUUAAAAACGCUUGACUAUCUACCAUAUGUACAAUCAUAAAAUAGGUAAUUGGACUAUUUAGAUGACUAGAAUUGAAUUUAAAAAUAUUAAGUUAUACACUUCUCCACACUUACAACCCAGAUUUGACUUGUCAGUAAAAUCUAUUUUACAAAACACUGUGCUUUUAAGUGUUCUCUAUAUCUUGUAUCUAGGAAAAUCAGCGACUGACCUUCUCAACUUCGACAGUAUGAAAUACGACGAUGGUAAAGUAGUUUUUACUUACAACAGUACAAAAUUCACCGUCCGAAAUGAAAUAUCUUGUGAUCCUAAAGUCGAGACAAUUUCUGGUGUUGGCAAAACUGAAAUAAGUGCUGGUUACAAUAUCCUCUGGACAAGUAAACUGGUCUGCCCACCUGUGACAGGCGAAGAAUGCAGCAUAACCCACGAGAGUGACCUGUAUGAUUUGUCUGUGUUGGCCAAGGAGGAAUGGAACUGGUUAGCCCGAAAUAACAUUAAGGAGUUUGGUUUUAAGGGUUAUCAGUUUCACUUUUCUGUGUGUAAGCCGCUGAAGAAUAUUUCUCGUUUUGCCAGUGACGGCUCUAGAGGGGCAAUGGAGAACAAAAUAGAAGGGUUAGUAAAAAAUAUUGAAAUAUUGAUGGUUGAUGUGUCUUGGUUAGCGAAAAACGUUAAAGCGAACUUUCCAACAGAUUGUUUAUAAACUUGAAAAUAUUUUCCCCAUAAAUCUUGUCUGGACCAAAACAACGGGUCAAAUUUUAUCCCAGGGUUAGUUCUAAACGAUCUUUGAACAACCUGCUUCAAAUUUAUUCCGGUAACAACACUGGAUGUAGCCUGUGUCACAUACCUCGCUGUGACAUUACCUGGGGGAACAGUUUAGAACUGAUAGAGCUAUCCAGUGUAAAUAAAGUUACAGUAGUGUAGUGUAUAUAGGUUUCCGUCGUAGUAACGCUGGAGAAAUAAAGGGUCUUGCAGAAACAGAUCAUGAUCAGUAUAAAUAGCGUUAGUUAAUGUAAGCUCUCCUCCUGUAGUAGCGUUUUAUGGUCGUUUCGUCCCCUUGCCGUUUCGUUCCGUUCACGUUUCGUGCCCACACUAGAUACCGUUUUAUCUACUGUAUAAACUACUUUAUCUUACUUUCUCAUGAACUACCCUGUGUCCCAAAAAAAAGUACUCCGGUUUGAUUUAUAAUAACUUCUAAACAAGUAAAACUAUCAACCAGAAAUAACUUGCAUUAAAUAGAGGAAGGGUUAACUUAGAUUUUGAUAUAUUACAGUUGUAUUUUACUUAAAAAUUCACGGAGAUAUUAAUAUUCAAAAUCGGGAGCAUAUUUUGGGAUGUGUCUAAAAUUAGCGAAAAUCGGCAUAUCAAAUAUUAACUCCAGCGUUUGUUUGCUUAAUGACAUAUCAGGCUAAUUUGUAUUUCAGCGAAUUGUCGUUAGGGUUUGUAAGGGAUGUGGCGUAGAUUAAGGCAUCUUACAUGUAAGUCUUAGCUCAUUGUUUCCUGAAAUAUGAACGCUCGAAAUUAUGCAAGUAUUUAAUAGGUCUUUACAAACUUAAAGGUACAUGAAAGACCAUGCAAGGCAGACGCUUAAAUUUUUCUUAAAUAGCCUAAUUUUUUAUGUUUUUCAUUGGUUCAAAACAGAGUUGAUUAUUUCUCGGUUAGAGCAGGAUGAAUAUUAUUCUUUAAUGAAGGAAAUAAUAUUGAUUUUUGCAAAUACACAUGCAUCACAGUAUCAACGCUACUAUUUUGUUAUACGUUUUGUUCCAAAAAUGUUGGAUGUCUCUGGGGAUUUGCUUGUUAUGUCUUAUGGAGUUGUAUGGUUUGAUUGUGUUUCAUUCUCAGUUUAUUCUGAACUUAACAAGAUUAAGACAAGACGCUCUCUCGAGCGUUAAGUUGCUGGGGCUUUUUAAAUAGGCGCCUGCGUGAUUUGCAACGAGCGGUAAGAGUAUAUUCAACGAUUUGUGGGCUUGAUUUGUAAUUGUACAUAAGUUUAUUAUAUAAAUAGUGACACGUUGCGACAUAAUGUAUACAGCAAAUUUAAUUAACUAAGGGACGGACCAUUAGAAAAGUGAUGGGGGGGGGGAUGUUUUAAGAGGCAAGAUUUUUUUUUUGUACACCUAUAGAAAUUUUUUUUUCUCACUUGAUGGCUGGAAAUAUAUUUUUUUUAUUAAAAUUUAUAGGCCUAUCUUCCAGGAAAGGAAUUUUUUUUGCACUAUGCCUGGGAAGAUUUUUUUCCCUAAUUUUUUCCUGGGAAUAAUUUUUUUUUUUGGUUUUGCCCCCCCCCCAUCACUUUUCUAAUGGUCCGUCCUAAGGUCGUCCUUUCAAUGAAGUGGAAUCUCACAAUCAGGUCCGUUGCACAAAAGUUCAUCAUAUCGCUGAACUGAAGAAUUCCUACAGGUCAUAAAAGAGAUCCACUGAAGAAUUCCUGUUAAUACCCAUGAAGAGAGACCCUGGAAGAAUUUCAAUUUUUACAUUUGACCUCUGAGAAAAUCUCAUUCAAAAUAGCCAUUACCAGAUUACCCCCAAAAAAUUCCACACAGAAAUUUGCUUAUCCCUGAGGAAUUCCAAAGCUAAAAAUUUAUCACCUCAUUCCAGCAGAAUUGAAAGCCAAAAUAGCCCAUUUUGUGCUGGCACUGUGGCACAAGUGUACAUAUUUGGGCCUUGGGCUAUAACAACCCCUUAUUCAUAUUUGAGGAUAAAUACAGAUUUGUGUAUUUUUAUUUUAACUUGUUUAUAACAAAUUUUAAAACACAAAAAUUGUUUAUCAGACAGUUAAGGACUAAGGAGUCGUUUGUGAAUUAACCCAUUGAGUGACAGCACUCUCUCCCUGAUGAGUAAAAUCCUUGGCAUUAGACACAGUAAAAUAAUAAAGUAGGUCACAUGAGGGUACAUUGCCACUUAGAGGGUUAUAUGAUAUGGACAAUCGCAUAUAUUGGACUAUUGGUGCAGAAUUUAGCUUUUUGUACCUAACUGAUGCAUGCGAUAGACCGUGGUUAUAUUUCACCCCAGGGCCGUAGCAACCAGGGGGGGGCUGUUUGAAAUUGUAAAUUUUGACAUACUAAAAUGCUGUUUUCUGACCAUCGGAAUUCUGUCAAAUCUUUCCCAAAGUUAAGGAAAUGGCAUUUCAGAGACUCUAAAUUUAAAACUUUCCUCGGGCCUUUGGCCAUUGCUUUCAGUUCCCCAAUCAAAAAGAGCUUCCCACAGCACUGCACUCCCUGAGCUAUUGGCAUUAAAGUUUUACAUAACUUUAUAUUUAGCAGUCAGUGGUGUAGAACUGAAUCGCUAACAAAGAGGGCCCUCAAAGAGGGGGGGGGGAUGACAAGAUGUGGGGUAACCAGGCAUUGAGGGUGCAACAUGGUAAAUAUGGAUAGUUCCAGUAUUCACUUUUGGUUCUAGCAAUUCUUCAAUCGGUGAUUUUUAACUAAAGGGCUUAACAUCAAAUAAUACACUCCAAAAUAUUGAAGCUAUUACAUGUUAGAGCUACAUAAAUAUCAUCAAAUGAUUAGAUCAUACUAAUUAAGGUACAGAUUACUGAUAGAUUAUAAAUUUUGCAAUCUGCAAAAAUAUUGCGAGGUUAAUCUUCACAAUUGACAUGAAAUUUUUAACAAGGGGACCCCUGUUUGCAAUCUAUUAAAUAAGCAAAUGAGUUGCAAGUAAAAAUCAUGAAUACAUGAUGCAGUUUACAACAUGAACAAGUGAGUUUUUAAGCUAAUAGUUCAGUCCUAUAACCAGAAUAAUAAGUGGACCUUAUGUAUUAAUGUUAACAUAAUACAGCCAAUGGCUGCAAGGUUUAUCAAUUAAAAACAUCUAUCUAUCUAAGAAAUACCAAUCCAAGAUUGUGUGUCACGUACCUCGUGUGUCACGUACCUCGUGUGUCACUUCAAAACAGCCAACAUUUGAGCCUUCUUGUAAAUAGAGCUAGCAUGCAAAUAUGACAGUUCCAAUACAUGUAAACAAAUACGAGUUUUAUGCAGGGAGCAACGAGGACUAUAAGCCAUAUUAAAGCGUAUAUAGAUGUAAAACUUCACAAAACAAAAAUAUAAACGUUCAGAAAUAACGGUUCGACGAAUAAAUAACACAGUUUAAUAUUGUCAGUUAAUCCACCUCGGAAUCUACUCCACUCCUCGAUAGUGAAACGUCGACAUAAUUCUGUAUAUUCUUGAUGGAUUUCUUUCAAAAAGCCCCCAGAAGAAAAAGCGUGAUUAAAAGAACAAUUUGACGUUCACUUUAUACACUUACGAAGACUAUAAGACCGUUAAAAUAGCGAAAAUGUAUGCACGUAUUGCUUCGUAUAUAGAUCAGUGGCAAUUUCCAUUUUGCGACUAUCCAUGGAGAAGGAGACGGAGAAGGAGACCAAAUUCACCCGAAACCUAUAGUUGCUGGCACAGGUGCCCCAGCAACUAAAAAGGCAAAAGAGUUUGGGUGUUCUUAACAAGAUUUCAGAACGUUGCAGAAGUUAGAAGAGCUUCACAAUUCCAUUGUGACAGCAUGCCCUAAUUCUGAAUUACGAAUGAUCCAUGACGAUCCUUCGCGAUGCAGUGGUCUCAUGAAAUAAGGAAACGUAUAUAUUCGUGCUAGGAACACAUGCGUAUUUCGGACGAAUAAAUUUUGUUUGUAUUUUGUAGAUAAUAAAUUAAUACUUUGUUUCAUAAUAAACAAUUUGUCAAGUGUCAUUUAUUUAUUACAGGGCUGCCAACUCUCCCGGAUUAUCCGGGAGUCUCAAGAUUUUGGACCUAAUCUCCCAGUCUCCAGAUUUUGUCUUAAUUCUCCCGGAUUAGGAUAAUCACCAACGUCGAUUUAUGCACUAGCCAUUUGAUUCUUCGUUGUCAAAGGUUUUAACAAUAAAAAUUAUUUGCGCUGCACAUUCGUUUUGCUGGUAAAAAUAAAAUUCUUUUGUUGCUGCCUGCGUUGCUUUUAAUCAGCGGUUGAAUGGCGCCAUUUUCCGUAAACACUUUAUCUUACAGGGAUUUUUUACCCGUAUUGACGCCAUUAAAGAUGUCGAUAUUUUAUUAAACUAGUACAUAAUAUAUAUUGUGAAACUUGAAAUCAACAGUUAUUCAGGCAAUUUAUAGUUAAUAUUCGACUUUUUGUGUGUUCGGAAAAAAUUUUUGACCCCUAAAAUGGUACACUGACCGAAAUUUUUUUGGCGACGGGGGGGGGGAGGUCGGCGAAAAAAAAAUUCAUAUUCCAGGGUUGGCAGCCCUAAUAUUGGUAAUAGUGCAUGUUUCAUUCGGGCAAAUCUUGAUUAAUAUUUGAUACGCCGUUUUUUGCAUAUUUCAGACACAUCCAGAAAUAUGCUCCCGAUUUUAAACAUUAAUAUCUCCGUGAAUUUUUAAGUGAAAUACAACUGUAAUAUAUCAAAAUCUAAGUUAGUCCUUCCUCUAUUUGAUGCAAGUUAUUUCUCUUUAAAAGCUUUGCUUGUUUAGAAGUUAUUAGGAAUCAAACCGGAGUACUUUUUUUUGGGACACCCGGUAUAUAUACAUAAAAUAUAUUUGUAUUUGUUUCAACUUUGAUCACUCAUAAUUUUGUCAUCAUGUCACAUGAAAUAAACUCCUUGAUUCUCAUCACUAAUUUUCAAAAUGUGCAAGAGGCAAUUUGUAUCAAAAUAUUAAAAAAUUCUUAGGUUUUGUCCUAUACGGUGAAGAUUACCACAAACUGACAAAAAGUAAGAUAUAUUGUAUUAUGAAAAUAGGUUAUAGAUAAACAGUAUCUAUAGUGUGGGGACGAAACGGCAAGGGGCCGAAACGACCAGUUGCCAUAGUAGCACUGGGUAUUUCUAGUGCUUCUCAGUGUGAGUUUCCUCGCAUAACAUUUUAAAGUGUCAGUACUAACAUCUAGGUUUUAAUUCACCCUCUUUUUAGUACAUUCACAAGUCUUGGCACAAUGAUAGCACCUCUAAAGUUUUCCAAUGGGUAUCUCACAAUGACGUAUGGACAUGGUGAUGAAAUACAAGGUCGUUGUAAAAAUCCUACCACUACCAUACAGUUUGUCUGUGAUGAUGUCGUUCCCGAAGGUGUAGGGGUAAGUCAAUGUCUCAAUGAUAUUCCUGUUGACUUUCCUGAUGAGGAACUAAAGCCCUGGGCAAACUAGGAAACAUUGUUGCGGAAACAUGUGUGAUUCUCGAUGUUUCCUCAAAUGUUUCCCUGUUUGCCCACCCGUGGAAACAUUGUUGCGGAAACAAAAUUUGCUUCCCGAGAAGCAAAAAUGUUUCGUAGCAAAUUCAGAAACAUUUGAUGUUUCCCUAUGUUUCUCACUAAUGUUUCUUAGUGUUUGCCCACUCUGGGAAACAUGGCGAAACAUUGGUAGGAAACAAUGUUUCUGCAACAAUGUUUCCUAGUUUGCCCAGGGCUUUAGCUCAGCUUAGUGACUAACGUCCCGAUGAAGAGUCUUCGUCGAAGUUCUGCUUAUAUUUUUCAGGGGCCGGUUGUUCAAAGCUGCGUUAGUUUAACCCUAGGUUAACUUGAAAUUCAAAGCAAACUUCCUGACAGCUUGUCUAUAAAUUUGGAAAUAUUUCUUCAGAAAUCUUCUCUGGAUCGAUGGGAGUUUUCUUCUCUGAAGUUUUGAAAUAAACAGACAUGUAGAAAUACAUAAACUAAAACAGCAGGUUAAAUUUUAACCCAGGGUUAGCGCUAACCCACCUUUGAACAACCGAACCCGGGUAGUUGUAUCUCUUUCACACCACCGCUGUUUGUUUGAAACUUUCUAUGAUUGUACAUACAUCAGGUAGCACCAGUUGUCGAUGGAUUCGACAAAACAACAUGUGAAUUUCACGUGACGUGGCUAACUCGUGCUGCCUGUCCAGUACGCAGUCUCCUGGAUUGGUCUAAUAUUCCUUGUACUGCCAUCCAUCCAGCUACGAAGAAAACUAUAGAUCUAAGACCACUGAACAACAGUAAAGAUGGUUAUUACGAGGUUAAAGAUCAAGAUGGCAAUCAAUACAAGAUUAAUGUAUGCGGGAGUGCUAAAGGUAAGAAAAGCUACAUACGUAAAAAACGCACAAGUUGUUACAGGUUUGCAAAAAAGUUGUUACAAAUCUGUUGACAAGCUGUCAACAAGCUGUGUUCGCACUGCUUGUUCCCAGUUGUUGUAGUGUUCGCACUGCUUGUUCCCAGUUGUAACAAGUUUGAAACAAGCUGUUAACAACUUGUAACAAGCUUGAUGGCAUUAUCAGACUUGUUACAAGGUUGUUCUAACAAGUCUGAUACAGUCAUGAUAUAACAAGAAUGUCACAAGGUUGACGACACAAAGUUGUAACAAUAUUGUUAUAUCAAGACUGUAUCGGACUUGUUGGAACAACCUUGCAACAAGUCUGAUAAUAUUAACAAGGUUGUUACAAAUUGUUAACAGCUUGUUCCAAACUUGAUGUUUGUGAUGUUACUCUGAGUGUAUAUCCAAACUUAUUGUUCAAAACUUGUUGACAACUUGGGACAAGCAGUGCGAACACAACUUGUUGACGGCCUGUUGGCAGACUUGCUACAAGAUGUGAGAUUUUUGUGUGUGUACUUAUCGAGAUUUAGGGCAUCUUGUAGAUGGAAGUAGUAGAUGGUUUUUUCCAGUGGACUAUUCAAACGAGAAUUUAUAUACAUUUUUAGAUCCAACCAGGAGCAGUUGCAAAAAAUGCAACAAUAGCCACUCUGGCAGGAAUUGAACCUGCGGUCUUGCGAUUCCCGUGCAGCGUUCUAACCAACUGAACUGCAGAGUCCAGUUGUGGAGCAUUAACCCCAAAUUCAUCUGAUGUUUUCUGUAUAGGCUGUUCAAAGAAUUCCGGGAUCUGCAAGAUAGGCAAACCCAAUGUGAAUGUGGGAAGUGUCAACACAACGCUUGUUUAUCGUCAAGGAUUUCUGUUUCUGCAUUACAAGAAUGGUGAAAAUUGUGAAGGCCAGCAAAACCGGAAAACAGAGACUUUAAUAUCGUUUAUGUGUGAUCCUCAGGCAGGAAACGGGAAGCCCGCGUUGGAACGAACUAAUGAUUGCACACAUUUUGUCACUUGGAAAACAAAGUUGGCUUGCGAAGCUGAGGUAUGUCAAAAUCUAAUUUUAUUAACCUUUACUAAACUGGCUGGUUUACCCUAUCAUCACAGUAGGAAUUUUGCAUAGGUAAAUUUUUGAAGGAUUUGUAAGAAAUGUUUAAGGAAACUGACAAAGUGUUUAUCAACAAAUCAGUUCCCUCAAACUUUUCUUACAAAUCCUUCAAAGCGUAGACAUUUUCUGUGCAAAACUCUUAUUUUUCUCACGUGCAACUGAGGAGAAAUUAUAACGAUUACAGAUACAGAUACAGAUGCAGAUAUUGCGCAGCACACUCCCUAUCAGGGUUUUUCAGUGACUGGUUACAUUAGAACCGGAACUGGCGUGAAGCAGACCGAGGUAGACUUUGAGCUUACCAAUGACGCUUCAAGGAGCCGUUAUUAGUCCAUACCUCAUCAAUGAUCUGCCCCCUGACCCAUCUAGAACCGUUCUCUCCUGCUUUACCACUGAACCAACAAGGGAUGUCCUUGCUCUAGGUUGAACAGUUUAUAGACCAAGUGUAAAUAAUUCGGAUUUGUAUAAACAAUAUUUAGUAAAUUUAACUAUUUGUACAGGUUGAUUGUGUUGCUCAUGACGGCCAGCAAUUUUACGAUCUCACGCCUUUGAUUAAGAACGAUGCCAAUUACGAGGUAUUCAUAAAUUGUUUUUUGUGUAUGAAAAUUUCGAGCCCAAAACUAUUUAAUAACAAGAAGAAGCACAACAUUUAGAAUACGUGUAAGGUUUGUGCAUCCAAAAUCAAUAUUUGACCAUUAUAAAUGUUAUUUAGGUUGUUCAUCGAGAAAAAACAUACCUUAUAAAUGUGUGUCGCUCAUUGGUCAGCGGUUCACGAUGUCCAGCAAAUGCAACAGUUUGUAAGGUAUGGUGUUUAUAUAUGACCUAUAUGUAGAAGGUUACUAGGUUAGCAAGUAGCAAUACAUUUAAAAAAGAAAUUUUACAAUUUUACUUGCGCUCUUGUUCGAUGAAAUCACGUCAUAAUAACAUGUUGCACAGUUCUAUGUUGGUAGCAGGUUGAGAUUAAAGUUUGGACUAGGAGUAGUGUUAGAAUUUCAGUGAGGAUUUGAUUGAGGAUUUCAGGCAGGAUUAAGUUGAGAUUAGGUUUAUACUAGUUUACACUAUCAAAGUUUCAGUAAUCACAGAAGAAAUUUUUCAUAGGUAAAAGUUUUGAAAUAUUUGUUUGAGGGAUCUGGAAUAACCAUUCAACUGUGAUGGUUAUGCCGUUGAAUGUCUUCUCAACUGUGAUGGUUAUGCCGUUGAAUGUCUUCGGCAUAACCAUUCAAUUUCGAUGGUUAUGCCGUUGAAUGUCUUCGGCAUAACCAUUUGAAUGGCUUCGAUUUAAGUUACAAAUCAUUUCAAAACUUUGAUAUACCAGGCUUAUGGUGUAAUUUCGAUGGUUAUGCCGUUGAAUGUCUUCGGCAUAACCAUUGGAUGGCUUCGAUUUAAGUUACAAAUCAUUUCAAAACUUUGAUAUACCAGGCUUAUGGUGUGAAUUGCAUGUUUUAUAGGAUGGAGAAAGUUUUGGACAUGUGAGCUCUCCACCAACGAUAGGUUCAGGAGAAACCGACGUGAAAGCUCAGCUGGUUUAUAAAAACGGUAGAUGUGGAGGUUCGGGUAACACGACCAUUAAUUUUCUCUGUGAUCCAGAAGAUCUCGCGGUACUCUUUUAUAUCACACUUUCUUUUUAUAUCACACUUUCUUUUUAUAUCACACUUUCUUUUUAUAUCACACUUUCUUUUUAUAUCACACUUUCUUUUUAUAUCACACUUUCUUUUUAUAUCACACUUUCUUUUUAUAUCACACUUUCUUUUUAUAUCACACUUUCUUUUUAUAUCACACUUUCUUUUUCUUUUUAUAUCACACUUUCUUUUUAUAUCACACUUUCUUUUUCUUUUUAUAUCACACUUUCUUUUUCUUUUUAUAUCACACUUUCUUUUUCUUUUUAUAUCACACUUUCUUUUUCUUUUUAUAUCACACUUUCUUUUUCUUUUUAUAUCACACUUUCUUUUUAUAUCACACUUUCUUUUUAUAUCACACUUUCUUUUUAUAUCACACUUUCUUUUUCUUUUUAUAUCACACUUUCUUUUUAUAUCACACUUUCUUUUUAUAUCACACUUUCUUUUUAUAUCACACUUUCUUUUUCUUUUUAUAUCACACUUUCUUUUUAUAUCACACUUUCUUUUUAUAUCACACUUUCUUUUUAUAUCACACUUUCUUUUUAUAUCACACUUUCUUUUUCUUUUUAUAUCACACUUUCUUUUUCUUUUUAUAUCACACUUUCUUUUUAUAUCACACUUUCUUUUUAUAUCACACUUUCUUUUUCUUUUUAUAUCACACUUUCUUUUUCUUUUUAUAUCACACUUUUCUUUUUUUGAAACCGAAAUCUAUUCGACGUCCUAACAUAGUAUGGUUAAUAUAACCAAAAAUCUGGUUAUAAUUGAGUAAUUUGACCAGGACUUCCUAAUAUAGUCUGGUUAAUGUAACCUCGAGUAUGUAACCUUAAUGUAAUCAGGCUCGACUCGGUCACAUUUGAGUUGUGUCUUUCACAAGUCAGCUUUCAGCUGCAUUUAAAGAUGAUAAACACUCCCUACUUUAGUCACCCCAGCUGUUUCAAGACAUAAUCUUCGUUUCUUUUACUAACAGAAUAAGCAAAUCAUCGUGUUUGCUGAUAAAUGUUCAUUGACGAUAUCAUGGUGGACGUCGUUGGUCUGCCCCAAAAAAGUGGCAAAUAAUAAUUGCGUAUUCAGUGAUCCUGAACAAAAGUUCUUCUGCUUUGAUCUUAAAAAGCUGGGAAGAAGAAAGUCUGCCACUGUAAGUUCAACAUUCAUGCGUAGUACCAUUAAGUCAGCACUAUUUUACUUUAUAUAUUAGAAUUCUAUUUGGGUCUAAAUGCCAGUACAAUGCUUAUAUGUCCAAACUAUAUAUGUCCACACUACAGUAUAUGUCCACUACUACAGAACGACACCGACACAUGUACUGAACAAUUCAAUCAGUUCAAGACUAAUUAAUUAUUUUUAGAAGUUUAAAAGGAGCCAUCCCUAAUAUAAUUAGUUCAGUGUUACUACAUAGAAGAUCUAAACUAAACUAACUUCAUUUAUACUGAAUAGCUGCUGGUCCAGUGCAUGUUCCUACAUAAGGAAACCUAAACUAAACUAACUGCAUUUAUACUGAAUAAUAUUAUAACUGUCGAUGCAAUGGAAGUGUUGAUAAAAUAUUGCACCAAUUCCUUUCCUCAAGUUGAUCAAUUCAUUUGAUAGAAAAUUGAUCAACUUCCUGUUACUUUUAAAUGAGCCAAUUAGAUUUCGUUUCAGAAUCGAUUGACCAAUAAGAAACGCACAGGAAGUAAAAAGAAAUUUGAAUUCGUAUCAAUUGAUUAACUUGAGGAAAUGAAUUCAUGCAAUAUUUUAUCAACACUUCCAUUGCAUUGACAGUAAUCAGUCAGUUAAAGAUUUUCUAGUAAGCUUAGGAGUCAUCUCUAAUAUAUUGGUCCAGUGUUAAUGCCAUUGUGUUACUACAUGAGGAAACUUAAACUAAUCUAACCUUUGUCCAUGUACUGGAUAUCUCUAGCAGUUCUGAGCUAUAUACAAUGACAAUUUGCCUGCACGUUCAUCUUGUUUCUUCAGUUUCCCGGUGGAGAUGUUCACUUUCACAUAUGCAGUGAUCAUGGUAAGGAUUGUGGUGAGGCAAAUGGCGAAGCUUGUUUAACAAUUGGAGAUAAAAAUACCAAGGCACUGCAACGCAAAGGGAUUAAUUAUACCGGACAAGAGGUGCGAAUAUCGUAUGAGGAUGAUAUUGUUCUCGUCUUAUAUUGCGGGGAGGAUGGCAACUCAAAUACUCCUCAAUAUAUUGGAAAGGUGAGAAAAUAAAAUAACUUUGUUUCAACUAGAUACAGUAGCUUUAUCAGCUCUAAUAAACUGUUCUCCAUAGACGUCCAGUAAAGAACAUCCCUUAUUGAUUCCGUGUUACUACAGGAGGAAACCUGAACUAAACUAACUUUAUUUCUGCUGGAUAGCUUUAUCAGUUCUAAACUGUUCUUCCUAGAGGUCCAGUAAGGAUCAUCUAUUAUUGAUCCAGUGUUACUACAGGAGAAAACCUCAACUAAACUAACUUUAUUUAUACUGGAUAGCUCUAUCAGUUCUAAACUGUUCUUCCUAGAGGUCCAGUAAGGAUCAUCUGUUAUUGAUCCAGUGUUACUACAGAAGGAAACCUGAACUAAACUAACUUUAUUUAUGCUGGAUAGCUCUAUCAGUUCUAAACUGUUCUUCCUAGAGAUCCAGUAAGGAUCAUCUCUUAUUGAUUCCGUGUUACUACAGGAGGAAACCUGAACUAAACUAACUUUAUUUAUACUGGAUAGUUCUAUCAGUUCUAAACUGUUCUUCCUAGAGAUCCAGUAAGGAUUAUCUCUUAUUGAUUCCGUGUUACUACAGGAGGAAACCUGAACUAAACUAACUUUAUUUAUACUGGAUAGCUCUAUCAGUUCUAACUAAACGUCCCUCUUCGAACCCAGGCCAUUGUGUCAUCAAUCUUGUAUUUGAUCAACAACCUUGUUUAAACUUGAGUUUUCUUUCUCUGACUUUUUAUUUCUGUUUAAUUUCAUAUAUAGUACAAAGUCGAUGACAAAACUACAAAAUAUUUCUUCAAUAUGGUCACACCUGAAGUCUGUCCACCUCGAAAACUUCCGUGUGAAGUGAAAUAUAAUGGGAAGACGUUUAACUUGGCUGGACUGAGCGAGAAAAAUUUUCAAGUGAAAGGCAAGGACAAUGAGUAAGAACGAAUUAUGCAGUAUAAGACUACAGUAUAACUAUGUUUAAUUUACCCUUUGAAUAAUACUUAGCAUAACACUUCCCACGAUUCAGUGGUCGGAAUUUUCCUUUGUUUAUCUAAAGUGCUCAUGACACGAAAUAUAUUGACGUAAAUAGACCUUUCCCCUUAUAACCAAAAUUUUGAUCUAGGCAAGUCUAGACAAAUAUUUCAUCACAGCUUGAAAGAGCAUCACAAAAUUAGUAAUAUUCCAAAGUUUUGUUGCAAAAUGUUGUAAAAUGAGGAAAAUAUAGCCUUGCAAAGUUUCCAAUUUUCAGUCAUUUUGCAUUACAAACGGGAAAUUGCAGCCCCAACACCCGAAUCGGAUGUCAAUUUCCCGUUUGUAAUACAAAAUGACUGAAAAAUGGCAAACUUCGCAAGGCUAUAUUAUCCGCAUUUUACAAGAUUUUGCAACAAAACUUUGGAAUAUUACUAAUUUUGUGAUGUUUUUUCAAGCUGUGAUGAAAUUUUUGUCUAGAUCGAAAUUUUAGUUAUAAGGGGAAAGGUCCAUUGAUGCCACUCAGUUGCCAUCUCCAUGCCACUCAGGCACCUUGCAAAGGUCACAUUUCAUUUCCAUUGACUCAUUCAUUAUAAUGAUACUUCCUUCUAGUUUAUACUUGGUUAGUAUUUGUGGUCAUAUCCAAUACACCAAAGAAACAAGUAAGUAAUGUGAUAUAUCCAAAUGUGUCUGAACUACAUGAAAAUUGGAAUGCAAUUUUGUCUUCAGUUAUAAAGUUUAUUUAUAUGAUACCACACCAUAGUAAAGCAUACCAUACCAUACCAUACCAUACCAUACCAUACCAUAUAUCAUUCCACGUCAUACCAUGCCAUACCAUACCUUACCAUACCAUACCAUACCAUACCAUACCAAACCCUACCAUACCAUACCAUACCAUAUAUCACUCCACGUCAUACCAUGCCAUACCAUACCUUACCAUUCCAUACCAUACCAUACCAAACCCUACCCUACCAUACCAUACCAUACCAUAUAUCACUCCACGUCAUACCAUGCCAUACCAUACCUUACCAUACCAUACCAUACCAUACCAAACCCUACCCUACCAUACCAUACCAUACCAUACCAUAUAUCACUCCACGUCAUACCAUACCAUACCAUACCUUACCAUUCCAUACCUUACCGUACCAUAUAUCACUCCACGUCAUAUCAUACCAUACCCUACAAUACCAUACCAUGCCGACAUGACAAUAAUUUCUACUCCCAUGUAUAGAGAUCUGUUCAUCUCGAGCGACAGCGGUGAAAAUUUCAAGAGAAAAAAAAGAACAGUCGACGAUAGUGAUAGCAGUCGACAGGGAUUAUACACUUCAAUAUAAAAGUAAGGAACUCAGAACAGCGAAUAUUGAUCUUUAUACUCAAUCUGAACUUCUUCAAAUGACACAAUAAUCACUGUUUGGAUCACAUUACAAACACAAUGUUAUCUUUUUACAGAAACUGACACAGAUUACCCGAUACAUCUUCAGUACUCAAGCAGUGAAGCAAUCUGUGAUGGGAAAAAAGCGAAAGUCUUGCAUAAGUUCAAAUGUAAUCACGGCACUAAUCCACCACAAUUUGACAGGUACGCGAUAAAGAUAUUCUACAAUGGUUUGUUAAGCCCGUUCUUAACUAGGCGAAUUUGUUCGCGCAAACACUAAAAAAGUAGGAACUGAUCCAACUUUUUCGCUGACCAAUCACAUUGCCAAGAUUUGUUUUUCGCUUCGCGUCACGCGAAGAAAUUCGCCUAGCGGAGAACGGGCUUCAGAACUAAUUGUUUAACAAAGAUAUUGAAGUUUGCGUCAUAAAUUACGUCAUAGACAUUAGCCUGCGAAUAGUAACAUCUGCAUAUAAUGUUUCUUUUUAUAGUUUUAAAGACUGUGUAUAUACAUUUUUAUGGCAAACAGCUGAGGCAUGUGCGGAGAAAAGGUAUUGUCCAUGAGCUUACUGUCGUUCCAAUUGAAGUGUUCCUCAAAUAUUGAUUCAAUACAUUACCUCGGGCUGACCAAUUCAUUUGAUCAAGUUCCUCGAAAUAUUCAUACACUUCCUAGUAUAAUUGUAAACUUCCUGUUGAAUAGUUUGAAUGCGCCAAUCACCUUUGUUGUUUGUGCAACUAACCAAUCAUAAAUAGAAAGGAAGUGACCAGAAAUGAUCAAAUACUUGGAAUUGGCUCUUUCACAGGAAGUGUAUGAAUAUCUUGAGGAACUUGAUGAAAUGAAUUGGUCAGCCUGAG